UUUUGGGAGGUGACAGACAUGGCGCGUGCUCUGUGAGAUUGCGCGCAUUCCGGUCGAUUCUCCUCUUCUGGAGCUCAAAUCCGUGCGCGCGUAGCGUGCGAAGGGUUUUGGGGUUUUGGAGGCAUUGUAUGGGAGAUGGCCGAAGCUGCCGCCGAUGCCCAUCCCAACAACAAGAGGAAGCACAAUCCCAAUGGCCUGGCCAACGAGAGCAAGGAGCGAGUGAUUCCUCGCCUUCUCAAGGAGCCCAAUCUCUCACACGCCCCGGACAACUACGAUGAUCUCGUCAACAUCGAGUACCCGCCCUCUCUUUACAGCACUAUGGAGCAGUACCUCCCUUCGCAUAUGCUCACGGCUCCCAGGGACAAGAAGCUCGCGUUUAUGGAUCGUGUUCUCGUCAAGUAUCGUCCCAAUGGAGAGCGUGCCAGGAAGCAUCGAGAGUACAGGGAUAGAGUGAAGGAUAAGUAUAAGCGUCUUCACGAGGAUCUUUACACUCUAGACCCGGAUCAAAUCUUUGUGGAGCCUUUUAGGAAGGCAGUUGAGAAUGGCUCCGAGGCGGCCUUGAGGGAGAUCCUUACCGAGCAUUCUCCGGGAGUUUUUACGUUUACCAUGCUCCAGCCCGGCUUCUGCUCGAAAGUCUUAGAGGAGGUUGCGCACUUUGAAAAGUGGGCACACGAGGUCAAAGUUAGUGUGCUCCGGCCCAACACCAUGAACAACUAUGGAGCUGUGCUGGACGAUAUCGGCAUGGAGACGAUGCUGGACCAGUUGAUGAUGAAGUUUAUUCGUCCGUUUGCAGCACUUCUCUUUUUUAACGUUGGAGGUGCCACACUUGACACGCACCAUGGCUUUGUGGUGGAAUACAGUAUUGGGGGAGAUCUCGAUCUUGGUUUUCACGUGGACGACUCCGAAGUUACGCUAAACGUCUGCCUCGGCAAGGAAUUCGAUGGCGGCGAGUUGUUCUUCCGCGGUGUUCGAUGCGAUGCUCACGUCAACGGAGAAGCUCGCUCGGAGGUACGAGGAGUUCACUCGAGUUCGAUAUCUUUGAUUGAGCAUCACCCGCAGGAAAUGCUGGAAUACUCUCACGUCCCCGGCCGAGCAAUCCUACAUGCCGGACGCCAUCGACACGGUGCGAAAGCCAUCACUUCCGGCCAGAGAACAAACUUGAUCCUUUGGUGCAGGAGCUCUGAGUUCCGCGAGCUCAAAAAAUAUCAGAGAGAUUUCUCCGCUUGGUGUGGAGAAUGCCUUCUUCGCAAAAAGGAGAGGCGGCGACGCUUAACGAAUGCCAAGAGGCAGCCUGCUGCGUGAAGAAUAACAACACCACUGUCAAUCCGGCAACCAUGUACUUGUAAGAAGGAUCUCUAGAUGCAAAUUUUUUUCCUUUUGUUCUUCCUUUCUUUCCACCAGGAAUGUUGGUUGUACACAUCGCGGCACUGUGACCGUGGUAAGCUUCUUAUAAGAACUACGUGAGAACUUUACUCGUC